AUGGCGAUAGCCAUGGGCUGGCAGAAGCCCGACAAUGUCGCCGGCUCGUCGGCCCCGGCCAUUAUGGUCGGUCUCUUCGUCGCCUCUGGAGGUUUGCUCUUUGGCUACGACACUGGUACGAUUAACGGUAUCCUCUCCAUGACGGCUUUCAAGCGAGACUUUUCGACAGGCUACAUCGACAACGACCGAAAACCCGGCAUCUCCCCUUCCGAGUCUUCCAUCAUCGUUGCGAUCCUCAGUGCUGGUACCGUUCUCGGCGCGCUUCUUGCCGCUCCCAUCGGCGAUGCCUGGGGCCGCCGUAUAUCUCUGAUUCUGUCCAUCGGUGUUUUCAGCUUCGGCGGCAUUUUCCAAGUCUGCGCCCACAACAUUGACAUGCUCUUGGUUGGACGGUAG